CCAGGCACGAAGAAUACACAACUGAAGGAGGAUUAGCAGCCUUUGUUGCCUCAUCCUUUGUUCUCCACUAAGAAAGAUUCCCUGGGCCAAGGUACUGGCACUGUUCUCCUAGCACAGCACACCUGACUUGUGCUGGAUGGAUAGCUUCACUCCAGGGCAAAUGGGCCCACUUUUGGUUCUGGUAGCAGCUGCUAUCUGGCAAGGCUCAGCAUCUCUCACUAUCGAUCCUGAUCUUGCCAUUCUGAGAGUGAAGCAAGGAGACCCAGUCAAUUUACUUUGCUCAGGGAAUUUCCCUGUUGAAUGGAUCGGUAUCAAGAAUGGGUCCACCGUAAUGGUGUACAACAAUGGCACCCUCUAUAUGCCUAAGGCUAGUUGCAGCCAGAUGGGAAGCUACCAGUGUGCUUAUAUCAACAAGACAGAAGAGGGGACUAGAUCUAUAUACGUGUCUGUGACAGAUCCCGAGUCUGAGUGGUGUGGCUUUCAUGAUGCAUACCUUACUGUGGAAAAGGGCAGCGAUGCCUUGAUUCCGUGCUUGAUCGCUGACCCAGGAUUCACAGGCAACAUGACCCUCCUUAAAGACCUGCCUCCAAUUCAGCGGAUCUCAGAAGUCUCGUUCAGUCCUAAGGAGGGGAUAUGGAUUCACAAAGUAGACCUGAAUGAUAAAGGGUGGUACAAGUGUCAGGCCCAGGUUCAAGGAAAAUGGGUGACUUCACCCAUAUUUGCCCUUUCUGUCCAAGAAAACGAUAACCCUUUGACAGUCACUAUUAGAGGAAUGGUGGACCAUGUGCGGUUACAAGGAGAACCAUUCAACAUUUCCUGCACAGUGCGUCACCACUCCCCUGACUAUGAGGUCCAAUGGAUCUAUCCCCCUACUGCAAACGCCAGCUUGAAUCUAUCGGAUUUGGAUACUGGAUUAUCUCAGUCAUACAUCACUGACUACAACCUAUUCAUUCCAGCAGUGCAGUUACAAGACAGUGGAAAAUAUACUUGUCUUGGAAACUCUAUAGAUUUAUCCAGAAAUUGUUCGGCUACCCUCAAGGUGCUAGAGAAAGGGUAUCUGCGUUUGUCCACAGUGCAGAACAGGAUUCAGGAGACAAACUUGCAUCAAAGCCUGAACCUUCAGGUGUUCAUUGACGCUUAUCCUAGACCUUCAACAUAUAGAUGGAUACGUGUGAACUCAUCAGGAAAUUCCAAAUACAUCAGCCACAUGAGUUUUGGCCAUCACAGACACAACAAUACACUCACGCUGAAUUGGAUGGAGGAAAAAGACAGCGGCGAAUACAUAUUUUUUGCAGAUAAUGGGGCAGCCAAUGCAUCUAUUCAUUUUGGCAUCUCUGUGAAAACUAAACCAAAAGUUACAAUGUUGGCCAACAUUUCCAAUAGUCUUCAGUGUGAAGCAUCUGGCUAUCCUGCUCCACAUAUUCAGUGGUACAAAUUGUCCCACCAUGACAGAUGUGGUCAAGGUGGGAUCCUGCUUUUGAAUGACUCCAGCCCAGAGGUCACGGACGAAAUUCCCUUUGUAAGAGUGUCAUUGAAGAGUUCUCUUAAGGUGGAGAAGGAGGACAGUGUGAAAUUUUGCUGUUUCGCAGUUAAUAGUGCUGGAAAUGACUCCAGUUUCAAUACAUUAUCUCUUGUCGUUAUUGGUAACGGAAAUGGAAAUGAAACCUCCAAACUACUUAUCGCAUGCUUUGCAGGAAUAAUGGGUUUUCUUCUUCUGUGUAUCAUUUUCUUAUUCUAUAAAUAUAAACAGAAACCAAAAUAUCAAGUCCACUGGAAGAUCAUUGAGGCCUGUGAAGGAAACAAUUAUACCUUUAUUGACCCCACCCAACUUCCUUACAAUGAGAAAUGGGAGUUUCCUAGAAACAACCUGCAAUUUGGAAAAGUCCUUGGAGCUGGAGCUUUUGGGAAGGUGGUUGAAGCCACAGCUUUUGGACUGGGAAAGGAAGAUUCUGUCUUGAAAGUGGCAGUGAAAAUGCUGAAAUCAACAGCACAUACAGAUGAGCAAGAAGCUCUUAUGUCUGAGCUGAAGAUCAUGAGCCAUUUGGGUCAUCAUGGGAAUAUUGUCAAUCUUCUAGGAGCAUGUACCCAUGGAGGCCCUGUCCUUGUAAUUACUGAGUAUUGUCCAUAUGGGGACUUGCUGAAUUUCUUGAGAAAAAAAGCCGAGAAUCUCAUAAUCCAGGAUUUAGCCUUGGAAUCUACUCUUGAUAGCAUGAUGGCUGAUUACAAAAAUAUCUACCUUGGAAAAAAAUACGUCCAAAGAAGCGAUAGUGGACUAGGAUGCCAAGGUGCUGACAGCUAUCUGGAAAUGAAAUCAGUCGCAGCAUCAGUGCCUAUGCCAGCACAAGGAAGAAGUUCGAUUUCAGCUCAAGGAACAGAAGAUUCACAUUCUCUCGACCUCUUUGACUUGCUGCAGUUCUCUAACCAAGUGGCCCAGGGAAUGACUUUCCUGGCUUCAAAAAAUUGCAUUCAUCGAGAUUUGGCAGCACGGAACGUGCUAGUGGCUGAUGGACUAGUGGCCAAGAUCUGUGACUUCGGCCUGGCCAGAGACAUUAUGAAUGAUACUAAUUAUGUUGUCAAAGGCAAUGCUCGCCUGCCAGUGAAAUGGAUGGCGCCGGAGAGCAUCUUUGAAUGUGUCUACACAAUACAGAGCGAUGUGUGGUCUUAUGGCAUCCUUCUCUGGGAGAUAUUCUCCCUAGGAAGAAGUCCCUAUCCUGGCAUGAAAGUGAAUAGCAAGUUUUAUAGCCUUGUAAAAGAAGGAUAUCAUAUGGGGAGGCCAGAUUUUGCUCCCGAUGAUAUGUACAACAUAAUGACGGCAUGCUGGGAAUUGGAGCCCACUCAGCGGCCUACCUUCAGUCAAAUCUGCACCUUAAUUCAGAAACAGCUGGAUGCCAUUAAGGAGCAGGAUUAUACAAACUUGCCCUGCCCCAGAGAGGAGGAGGACAGCGGAUGUGAGCCUGCCAGCUACUUCGAAGAAUCCUGUGAGUCAGGAGAUGUGGAGCAACCUCUUCUUAACAGCAACAAUUACCAAUUUUGUUAGGGGUUUGUGUGCUGGGCCUUUUUGAUGAUUAAAUACCAACUAAGAUUAGACUUGGAUUUCAUGCAACUCCAUCCCUUCUUGAGGCUUUUGAAUCAGAAAACAACAUUCAUACGUAAGUCACAGACUGGGGUCGUGCCCUGCACCAAGAGCAGAUUUCCAAAUGCUCCAUUUUACCUGAUUCUAACUAUUGGCAGGAGGGCUUUAUCACUGUUGUUAGUUUAAGUAGGGUAUAUAGGAAUCAUCACAUCAAAUUUGCAGAAUGUGAGAGAUUGCUAUGCGCCAGUCGCAGAUAACAAGGCUUAAAAAGGCAGAUGGACUUAUUUUCUUUUCUCUGCACACCUUCUACGCGCUAUCAAACCUAUAAAAUAUAAUAUGUGAAAGGGAAAAGAAUCAGACCAACAACUUUUGGAACUAUAUGGGGGGGUUUGCAGGGCAAGGACAGGAAGAGAAAGAAGUAGAGGCAUUCCCAUUGUGACCUGCCAUUCCACAGUCACUUCUUAUAGCUACAUCCUGACCUUCUGAAGUGGGCAGGCUACAUCCUGACCUUCUGAAGAGCCACAGCAGAUAACCAAGUCGAAAGGGGACAUCAUUGGAAGAGGUGGGGGGCCUUUGGCAGGAGGAGGAGGAGGAGGAUGGUUAUGGGAAGUCUCCUCGAGGCAAGCUGCUCUCAUUCUCAUCCUUGAAACAACCUCCAAACCUGGAAAAAUAGCUCAAAUUCUAUCAUUUUGCCACUCUUUUGGCAUGAGUGCUGGGAUGGGCCAAGAGUUGUCCACCCAUCUUAGAGAGGAAAAAUGCUGGACUUGUAAGGAAAAAAAUAAGUCUAAUUCUCCUCAAGUUAAAAAGAAAAGCUUCAAGAAGUAGCAACUCCAUUUUUCUCCCAUUUGGCAUGACCAUUUCAAAACAUACAAAUUACUUGGCAUUAAUUGUUUUGCUAUUUGAAUAUUCUUACUGAAAGAAGGGAAUAUAAGCCACUCACUGUCCCUCUGUAUUGGACUGGCAUAAAAAUCCCAAUAAAUAAAUAAAAUACUGUGAUUUUCAAUAGUAAAAACCAGUCUGUUAGCUAAAAUUUAGAUAUACGUUCACUUGUUACUAAUGAAUACUUUACAAUACAAUCUUACAUAUUCUAUUCUGAAUUAAGGACUAUCAAAUUAAAUCAAACUUACUCCCACAUUGAUUUAAAUGAUUGUUGCAUUUAAAUAUUACUGUUUUUUCAAUGUUUAUGUAUUAGAUGGGAUUAAAGAAUAAGUGCAAAUUACUUUGGGUCAGAUCUUUUUGACCCUGGAAGAUAAAAACUAUCUGAAUUAGUUUGGUUGGGGAUGGGGAUGAAUAUCAAAACAUGCAGGAUAGUUAGCUUACCUUAAACAGAAGUAAAUGUAACUUCUUCAGAAAUGAAGACUUGUCCCUAUGCCUACUAAGAACAUUUUGUUUUGACCGAUGUUACAAAGACAAAAGAAGGUAUUACCUACCUACCCUCUCCAACUUGAUCUAGGCUGGAGUUACCUCCUUUCAUUCUUGACUUCAAACUUUAUUUCAGAAAUGAAUUAUAAGGUAAACGGAAAUGGAAGGAGAUAGAAUAAAGUUCAAUUACUCUGUUUUGGCUGUGGCUUUGUCUUUUGUAGUUUCCAGCCCUUACAAGAGUUUAUUUUUUUUCGCAAGUUAGCAGUCCUUCUUAGUUAAAAAGUAGCCAUUGUUUCCAACCCUGUUGUACAGGAAUAGAAUACCAAGAAUUGGAUGAAAAAGUAGAACUAAUUUUGUUAAUCUUUCUAAUCUGAUCAACUUUUUGGGAUUACUCAUACCUGCUAUGCAGAAAACCACUAGCCAUUACUACUUGCUCUAUUGAAUGAAUCAUGUGCAAUGCCAGAGACGUGAACUUAUAUUCUUGAGCCCAAGGCAAGGACUUAUUAUUCAGUAUAGGGUGUACUGUUCCUCACUAUACCAUUAUUACCCAAUUCUUCACUCUUCUCUUGCCUAGCCUAAACAAUAGCAAUGAUGUGCAGGAAGACUUGUAAAUAUAAUUGGCCCUCUGCUGGCAAGCAAGCAGAAAGUAACAAGAAGGAAGACAAGAAAGAGUAGCAGAAGCUGAAAAUAGAUACAACUAUGUCUGCAACAAUAGGGGGCAAUGAGUCUUAAAAGUUAAAUCAAAAAAUGAGAUUGGAAGUAUUGAUGCAGCUCAGAUCAUCUGAGCAACCUCUAAAUAACACCAGAAUAAAAAUCUGGAAAAUUCUGAAAUUAAGCUAUUAUAUAUAUGCAUUAAGCUCUAGAAUAAUUGACAAAAUGGAAACUCCAGAGGGAAGGUAGUCUCUUGAUGGACAGCUUAUCUGAUAGGGAGAUGUUCAGCCUGUGCUCAUUUUGGGUGUGGUCCACUUCUAAAGAAUAUCUACAUGAACUCCAGGAGUUCUUUUGGAGUCCCAACUGGCCCUAAUGCCACUCAGUCUUUCCACCACUUGGUGUAAGGAAAUGCUGUUCCUUCAGAUGCUACUGAACUUGAGUAAUGUGAAUGCAGAAGAAUAGAGAGUAGGGGUGCCAGAAGUUGUAGCUCAGUGAACUCUGGAAAGCCCCAGACUCCCCACCCUUGAGUUAAGGGGAUCCACCUACACUCUAUCUUCACAUUAGGUUAUUGUAAUAUACUAGUCAGGAGGCAGCCCUUGGAAUCUUAAUUGAAACCUGAGUUACACAAUACAGCUGCUAAGUUAUGAAUUGGAGGUGGUCAUGAGGACCUUCGCACCAAUUCAAAGAGCUAACAAACUGCCAGUCCAUUUCUGAAUACCAUUGAACAUACUAGUGCUUGUUUUUGAAGAACUCAGUGAUACCUGAAGCAGCUUGUGUGGUAAAAUUCUAAUAUUGUUUCAGUCAGGCUUUCUA